CCAGUACCACUUCUCACUCACGCUCCUUCAUCAAGCCCUCUUUCGCUUUCUUUCUUUACGCCAUGGACGAAGAGAUCCAGAUUGAGGGCGCACAAUCUCUCGGAGACGACUUCUACGAGAAGAUUGAAGCCCCCAAGUUCGUGGACCUCACCGCACCUGAUCGCCACCGUUCUUCAAUCGAAGAUCGCUACUGGUUUUGCCUCCGUGUCGGUUGUGACCAAAAGCAUGAAGAAGAAAUGGAUUCUGAAGCGAUCUACAAGAAUUUUGUUCUUCGGGUCAUGGCUGCAAGGAGUCCAAAUGUUCGGCUUCGGAAAGCACUCUAUGGAAAAAAAUCAAGUGCAAAUGCGAAAUGUCCGCUUACAGUUCCAGCAAAACCUUCGAGGUCUAGAGUGUCAAGAUUGGCGCUGAUCUCCUCCAUAUCUCAAAAGAUGGUUGAUGGUAAAGUCAAAGGCAGAGCUCUUCCUAAGCAUGGUGGAACGCCAAUGGGGAAGGAAAAACAAUCAUCUGUUUUAGCCAAGUGUCUGACCAGUCCACGGAACAAAAAACGCCUCUCGAAUCAUGGUACAUUUCAUACUGUUAGAAAUCCAAAACCAACAACCAUUGCAGUUCCAAAGAAUAGAAUUGUGGCCAAGGCUCUGGUAUUUCAUUCACCAAAGAAGACAGUCAGGAUAAAGACUUCUGCAGAGUUGAGUAGUCGUAUGAGGACAAUAUGUGCAGGGAUGAAGAAGCUUGAAAUCACUAGUGGAAAGAAGAAUCUAUCUAACUGUAAUAAACCACUGCCUGUAGAUGCUUCAAGAAAACAAUUUAGAGGCCGAGAGGUCAAAAGCCGGGUCUAUGAUUCCCUGCGCUCCCAAAAUUGCCGGUCAAAGGAGGCCAAAUCUGCAAAAUGUUUGAAGAAAAAGGAUAAGGAGAAGGAUUUACUGCAGGCUUGCUGUACUGCUCCCGGUGAAGAGACUGAAAAUGACUCCAGUGACAUGGAGAUUGAAGGGAAAUCGAGAAAUGGUUCUCUUGAAGUAUGCUCGACAUCAGGUACUUGUAAGACUAAUGAAAGCAAUAAAGACAAGGAAUGUUUAGUAACUCUGAAGGUUGAGAACGAAGGCGAAGCUUUAUCAGACGCCUCAACAGGUGAUACAACCUCUCUUUCAAAUUGUGGAGAGAGGGAUAAAGGAGAACAUGAUAUUGCAGACUUCCCAGUUCCAAGUGAAGAGGACAGUAAGACAAACGAAGGAAGCAGUGUGGAGAACAACCAAAUUAAACCAACUCUGGAGAAGAGGGUCAUGCCUGGAGUCAUUAAGAAUGAUGAAAAUGAAAAUGCAUCUGAUGAUAAAGAAAAUACAGGUGAAGUCAUGCGCAACUGUGAUAACAAGGAAAAUGCGGGUGAAGUCAUGAACAACUGUGAUGACAAGGAAAAUGCUUCAUCUUCUGAUGGUAACAGAAAAAUGGAUCUAAAAUCCAGCCAUAUGGAAAAGAAGAAAACUCUUGGCAUUCAUGAAGAGCAGAGAAGCACUCGAAUGCGAAUGAAAGGAAUGGGCAAGACAUCUAAAGGGAACUCCACUGCUGCUGUUGCAUGUGCUGAAGGGGUGAACUAUAGAAAACCUAAGCUCACAAAUCCCAAGCCAUUUAGGCUAAGAACUGAUGAAAGACGAAUUCUUAAGGAGGCAAACUUGGAGAAGAAACUACAUCGUGAUGAACCUCCGAAAGAAAUCACAAAAAUUGUGAAAUCCCCUGGUGGAAACUUGCAGAGGAGACCUCAGAAUGCAGUUAUCCAAAGAGAUGAAAAGUGCAUUGAACAAAUUGAGUGUACCAGUGAUGGACAUGAAGGCAGUGAAAAAGAACCGCAAAGAAUGGGCAUACAGACUCCAGAAGGAGCAAUACGAAAAAAAUCCACAACUCCACAGAGACGUAUGGUUGCAGCUUCAGAGAAGGAAUUUAGCCAAGAUAAAGAGGCUAAAAGAUCUGAGGGAAGCUUGAAAAGGACCAAGUUAUCAUAUAUGAAAGCGCUGGCAAGGACUCGAGGGAUUGAAUCGAGUAAGAAGAAAACAAUUAAUUCACGGUUGGCAGCUGGUCAACUUGGUGUAAUAAAGGAAUCAUCUCCUACAGUCUCUAGAACCAAGGUAGCAGCAAAACCAAUGGACAAUGGUGCUUCCCAGGCAGUCAACAAAACUCUUACUCCUACGACGUCCUCAAUGAGAAGAAAACCUACCACUCCAAAGGAGCCACACUUCCAUAAUGUCCAUGUUCCAAAGAGUUGCGUGAGGAGAGUAGCUUAACUACUUGGUUGUGGGUAUGUUGUUGUUGUGUUCAAUUGUUUAUUGAAUUAGAAUUGCUUUUUUAGCCGCUCUUUCCUUUAAGCAAUUGUGAGUUGUAGCAUUGGCAUAUACAUACAUUGUAUAGAUGUGUAUUCAUUCAUUUA